AUGUGGUGCCUCAAGAAUUCUUACCGACACACAAGGAAAAGAAGCAAUAGAGGCUGGAGCAACUUCUCGGAAGAUAAAAAAGUUGUGCCUUUGAAGCAUGACGAUCUUUUAUCAACAACAAACAAACAACAGAAACCUGCAACUUCACCACAGCCUUCUUCAAGUGAUGAAGAGGAACAAAGCGGAAGUAGCAAAGAUAUUUCAGAUGUUGAAAGCUACGAAAGAGAAGUGCUUCAGAUUAAAGCUCUUGAGGAUAUCGAAACCCUCAAGUGGGAGACUUCGUUUUGGUUAAGUUUUUAGAUUUUAGAUAUGUAUUAUGUGGGUCUGGUAAUAUCAAAGAAAGAUGAUGAAUACGAAAUAAAAUUUUUACGUCGUCACGGAACCACCUGAAAAUUUGUUUGUCCACCAGUGGAAGAUAUUUCUUCAGUUCGAGAACAAGAUAUUAUUUUGAAAUUACCGUUUCCAAACAAUGUAGGUGGAACAGAAAGAGUUAAAUCUACUCUGACAUUUAGUCUGGACCAUUAUUAUCAAAAUGUUCGUUGAUUUUCUUUAUUAUUGUUAUUAUUAUUUUUUUAAAUAAUUAAUAGACAGUUUUCGUUGUUGAUUAAUAAUUAAUAAACUUGUAGAUUUUCUUUAUUUUUUAUUUCUUCAACAAUUAAUAAACGUUUCCCAAAAGCUUACAAUGCCUCAGUGCUCCCUAUAACUUGUCUCAAUGGUCCCUUGCCUAGGGAGCCUUAAGAAAAU